UUGUCCAUCCAUGUCUAUCGCAAACAAUCGGAAAUACCCCACCAGGGCACCAGACGUUAUCGGCCAUUUGGGUUAUUUUUAUUCUUUUUCAGCGUGUCUGUCACCGAGUAGGACAAAAUGAAGUUGAACAGAUUCGUAACUUCCUCGAGAAGGAAAAACCGUAAACGCCAUUUUACGGCACCAUCUCACAUCAGACGUCGUCUCAUGUCAGCACCUUUGUCCAAAGAACUUAGACAAAAAUACAACGUUCGAUCAAUGCCAAUCCGCAAAGACGACGAAGUCCAGGUUGUUCGUGGUCAUUACAAAGGUCAACAAGUUGGCAAAGUUAUCCAGGUGUACAGAAAAAAAUUCGUCAUCUACAUUGAAAGAAUCCAACGUGAAAAAGCAAACAGUGCUAGUGUCUAUGUUGGCAUUGAUCCAUCAAAGACUGUUAUUGUCAAGUUGAAGAUGGACAAAGAUCGCAAAAAUAUUAUUGAUCGACGAAGCAAGGGACGUGCAGCUGCUUUGGGCAAAGACAAAGGCAAAUAUACUGAAGAAACAGCAUCAGCAAUGGAAACAUCAUAAAUUUGUAUGCGCCAUCCUUUUAAUACAACAAAAUAAAACAUACAAACUUAA